AACGAGCUCCUCAUAACGACACUUGCGUGGAAAUGGCUGCAAAGAUGGUAAUCGCUGCACUUAUCAUGGUAGCACUGCUGAGUGCAAACGACGUGCUUGCAAAGGAACAGAAGAAGGUGAAGUGCCAUGACAAGCUCUACAAGAAGACCUGCCGUGGGGAGCAAUUCUGUCCGAACGAGUGUGCGUAUACCUGCGUCAUGGACUGUAAAACUUGCAAGCCUGUUUGCUACUGUAAUAAGCCCGGAGGCGUGUGCCAGGAUCCUCGAUUCAUAGGAGGAGAUGGCAUCAUGUUCUAUUUCCACGGUAAGAAAGACCAGAACUUCUGUCUGGUUUCGGACUCAGAUCUCCACAUCAAUGCUUACUUCAUCGGCAAGAGAGGCGAAGCAAUGGGAAGAGACUUCACGUGGGUGCAGUCCAUUGGAGUGCUCUUCAACGGCAACCACCAGCUGUUCCUGGGAGCCAACAAGGUGUCCUCCUGGGAUGAUUCAAUUGACCAACUGGCCAUUGCCUUGGACGGCAAAUCGAUCCAACUUCCUAACCAGGAGGGAGCCGCUGCCACUCUUCCCCUGAUCUCUUCCUCCAAUCUGAGAAUCGUUCGAUCUGACAAAACUAAUGCCGUGACGGUUGAAGUGGAGAACAAGUUUAUGAUUACAGCCCGCGUUGUGGCCAUCACUCCCGAGGAGUCUCGAAUCCACAACUACGGAAUCACCUCGGAGUCGGAGGACUGCUUUGCCCAUCUGGAGCUGAGCUUCAAGUUCUACUCUCUCAGCCCCCGUGUCACCGGCGUGCUUGGGCAGACAUAUGGAGCAGAGUACAGGAGCCCCAUUAACUUGGGUGCCGCCAUGCCCGUGGUGGGAGGUGAGGCCGAUUAUGUGACCACCAAUCUGUUUGCCACUGACUGCAAAGUUGCCCGAUUCGGCUCACCCAACAAUGACAUCAACGAUUUCUCCAUCGUCGACCUCAACUGUGCAGGGAGACCCGGUGGCCGCGGCAUGGUUUGCAGGAGAUAGAGAUCUAUAUUUAGAAAGAACAACCCAUCACAAAUACUCCGACCGCCAAACAAUAUUUAUGUCGUGUGGGUCUAAUUUCGUGCAUGUAUUAUAGCCAUUGAGCACUAAAUAAUUCUCAAGGUGUUAUAUGUCCUCCACUUCAUCGGUACUAAUUUAAAUAAAUUAAAU